AUGUUUUUCAGAUCAUUAAUAGGACCCCAUUCUAUCAACAGUUCAUAGAAUCAUAGAAGUAGGGUCGGAAGGGACCUUGUAGAUCUUCAAGUCUGACCCCCUGCCUGGGCAGGAGGGAAACUGGGCUCAAGUGACCCCAGACAGGAUAUGACUACUGGGUAAGACGACAUCUCAAAGACAAGAGUGUGUAUGAACAAAGGAAAAAUGUUGUUUGAGUUUGAAGAUUGCUUCACAUCUUGAUCUUAUUGUUGAACGGUAGUAUUUAAAUACAUUGCAUCAGAUCUAGUGAUGGAGACAAACUGGACCAUAUGUUUGCUACUCCUCUUAUCUAUUACUAUGUUUUUUGCCACUGCUAUACCAGCUGAGGCACAUCAGAAUAAUACAGAAGACAUUGGUCAGCUGAGUGUUACCCGAAAUAAGAUUAUGACAGCACAGUAUGAAUGCUAUCAGAAAAUCAUGCAAGAUCCCAUUCAUAGAAAAGAAGGUACUUACUGUAACAGAACAUGGGAUGGUUGGUUGUGCUGGAAUGAUGUUGUUGCGGGUACCACAUCAGUACAACGCUGCCCUGACUAUUUUCAGGACUUCAACCCAUCAGAAAAAGUUACGAAGAUCUGUGAUCCAAGUGGACACUGGUUUAGACACCCUGAAAGCAACAGAACCUGGACAAAUUAUACCCAGUGCAAUAGCUAUACACAUGAAAAAGUGAAGACAGCCUUGAAUUUGUACUACUUGGCCAUCAAUGGACAUGGUCUUUCAAUUGCAUCACUCUUGAUUUCCCUUGGCAUCUUCUUUUAUUUUAAGAGCUUGAGUUGCCAAAGGAUCACCCUCCAUAAAAAUCUGUUUUUCUCUUUUGUUUGCAAUUCCAUUGUUACAAUAAUUUGGCUGACUGCAGUUGCCAACAACCAGCAGUUAGUUGCGACUAAUCCAGUUAGUUGCAAAGUGUCUCAGUUCAUUUACCUGUAUCUAAUGGGUUGCAAUUACUUCUGGAUGCUCUGUGAAGGCAUUUAUCUGCAUACUCUCAUUGUGGUGGCUGUCUUUGCAGAGAAACAGCAUUUAAUGUGGUAUUAUCUUCUUGGCUGGGGAUUCCCAUUGAUCCCUGCCUGCAUUCAUGCGGUAGCUAGAAGUUUAUAUUACAAUGACAACUGCUGGAUCAGUUCUGAAACACAUCUGCUGUACAUCAUCCAUGGUCCUAUUUGUGCUGCUCUAUUGGUAAACUUUUUUUUCCUGUUGAAUAUUGUGCGAGUUCUUAUAACAAAGCUAAAAGUUACACACCAGGCAGAAUCUAAUCUGUAUAUGAAAGCUGUGAGAGCUACCCUGAUUUUAGUGCCACUUCUUGGCAUUGAAUUUGUGCUGAUUCCAUGGCGACCAGAAGGACGUAUUGCUGAAGAAGUAUAUGACUAUGUGAUGCAUAUCCUCAUGCAUUAUCAGGGUCUGUUGGUGGCUACAAUUUUCUGCUUUUUCAACGGAGAGGUCCAAGCUGUUUUGAGAAGACACUGGAACCAGUACAGAAUCCAAUUUGAACACAGCUUCAGUCACUCAGAUGCUAUUCGCACAGCUUCCUACACAGUAUCAUCAAUCAGUGAUGUUCAGGGCUACAGCUACAAUCAUGAUUCCACCACUGAACAUUUAAAUGGGAAAGGAUACCAUGACAUGGAGACGGUUGUUUUAAAAACUGAAAAGCUAUAUGGCUGACUGCUAGAGACUCUUUAGAUCUUCAGUACUCUAAUCCUCAGAGUUCAUGAACUUGACCUGUUGAUUUAGUGACUUCAUGGCCAGAUUUUUGCCAAACCUGGGACAUUUUUUCCUGAAUGAUGCAACCUAAGACAACAUAUUCCUCACAUAUAUAUUCAUUUAUACAUACAUAUAUAUAUGUGUGUGUGUGUGUGUGCACGCAUGUAUGUGUGUCAAUACAGUAUGGACACAUAAAUAUAUAUGUAUGCACAAAUAUAAAAGUACAUUUAUAAAAAUACAGACUUUGCCUCUUCAGUUUCUACCGUGUAGACAAAGUUGGCAAUUUUUCGUAUGAAGGGAAUCAAUGAAAGAUUUCUUAUUUUCCUGAAAGCUUGUAUGAAGACUAGGUUAUAUUGUAAGCCACUUCAUUUGCAAGAACUCAGCUUGUAAAUACUUUAUUUAUCAUAUUGUAAUGUUUUACUUCAACUGAUACAUGCAACCUAAACAAGUGAUUAAGGCAAGUGCCAGAACUACAAUAAGAUGUCCAGGUUAAUAUCAUAUACAACAUAUAACUAUUUAGAAAGACAGACUGUUUAGGGCAGGAUUGCAGCAACCUAUGGCUUGUUGGCUGGAUUUGGCCUUCCCAGUGAUUUAAUUCAGCCUGCAAAGCCAGGACAUAGGUGGCAAUUUGGUGGUGAGACACCCACCUUUUGAAUGAACUCCAUUACUUCAUCCUGCCACUCCUAAAAGGUUGCCGAGCCCUGAUUUAAGAUAAUGGACUUUGAUAUAUUGGCAGUGAGCUGGCUCAUUUUUGCUUCUGUUUUAAACCAAGCAUAAAGGAAUACAGAUGCUACUGCCAGAAAUCUGCGGUAUGAAACCACCCAACUGCAUCUCUCCUGCAAUGUAACGCUGUACAACAAAUUCUGAAAAGUGUGUGUGUGUGUGUGUGUGUGUGUGUGUGUGUGUCUUCAACGGCAGUUUCCUGUUGACUUUAAUGAGAGCAGUACUAGUUAGGUGCACUAGUUAGAAAAGUCCAUUAUUAGUACACGUGUAACUUUUAAUUCCUUUUUCAACAAAGCUUAUUCACAAAUGAGUUUGAUGGAACUUAAAGGCAUGCUUAAACAUGCUGCGGAUCUUUGACAAGUCUACUUGCAUUGAAAGAUAAUUAUUCUUUAACACAUACCUUGGUCCUUAGCUUAUAAGGCAAAAUUUGUAUUGACGCUCUGCGAGUCUUGCCUGAAAUGACAUGCAAGAUUGGAUGCUAUUUAAAUAAUAGUGUCAAGACCUUAGACCUAGGUGAUUUUUAGAAUUAUCAAGUUGGAAAGGACCCCAAGGGUCGUGUACCCCAACCUCCUGCAUGGAUGCAGGAUGCACUGUUCCUAAGCCAUCCAAGACAGAUACUUAUUCAGCCUCUUUUUGUAUGUUGGAAUUUUUCAGUGUUCAGAAAGCUUGUUACAGUAUAAGCUCUGUCUUAUAAAAAAUCUUUGGAGCCUUUUUAAAGUGUAUUGUUUAGGAAAUUCAACAUUAUAUUGUGAUUGUUGAUUGUAUAAGGUUUGAAUCUGCCUCAGUUUACUCAAAGUUGAGCCGUACUAUAUUCCAUGAGUUCAUUGUUUCUAUUCCUCAUGAACAAGGAUGUCGGAAUAGAAUUUAUGGUAAACAAACAAUUAUUGUGAAGGCUGUUAAAAAGGUCUUAAGAAAAUGUCUUUGAAUACAGCAUUUUAUGUAUGCUUUAAAAGUGUUAUUUUUUUACAUAGUGUAUUUUUAUAUAGAAAUGGAAGGAAAAAAAUCAAGACUAGGGGAGCAUGGUAGAAGAUGACUGUCGCGCUCAGAAAAUCCUGUUUAGAAGCAAAAAGGAAAGAAAAACACUUUAUUUUUAGUUAAUGGCUUGUUUAAGUGAAGGAAACUGAAAAGGAUGAAAAUCUAGUGGCAGGGUUGAUAGAAUUUUAUCGUACAAAAAUAUUUCAGAUUUAUGAAAGCCAGCCCGAGAGGUAAUAAAAAGCUUUUCUAAAAACAGUUUGAUUUUAAAAGCUUAUGAUUAAACAUUAUGAAUUCAGGUUUAUUCCUAAUGUCACUUUGCCACUAAUUUUUUAAUAAAAUUAAAUAGGCUGCUAAUUAGCUAACCCAGUGCUUAUUGGUGUGUGAUUUCCUAAGGCUUUAGAUAAUGUUUGUCUUCAUCAUUGCAGUUUCAAAAGAUAACAAUGUUAGGAAAAUGCAGUGCAUUCAUAACACUUGCAGUUUACCAUAUAUUUUAGAUCUUCUACUGGUUGAUGUUUAACUUGGAAGGGAUUCUGCUAAAAACCUUAUGAAAAUAUAGAAACUCAGACGUUGCAGGCAUCAAGAUUUUUGGUCAGAUAACAAGCUGUCUGACUGAGUGCAUAUGAACUUCAUGAAAGUCAUAUGGAAGCUGUACUUAUUUCAGUGCCAGGUUCUAGAAAUCAAGUGUCAUAAUAUUUACUAUUGUGAGGGAUACAACCUGCUUACCAAUUUGCUUUCUGACCAAGUUGCUUGAACAACAUUUUUUUAUUAUUAUUUGGUUUGAGUGAAAUUCCUAGAAAACUUAAGUGGUGUAGACAUCCUGCUCAGAUGUGAACUUCACGCAUGGGAUUAGAUUCUCGUCUGCUGUAAAUCAGCAUAGUUUUCUGCAAGUCAGUGGAAAUAUGUAGAAUUACAUGAACUAAAGAUCUUGCUCUUUAAUUUCAUGGUCCAGAUCCUCCAAGGCCUAUCUCCCACUGAAAUCAAUCGUCAAAAUAAUCAGGUGCCUAACUAAUUCACAUUUAUCUUGGAAGACAUAUGCCCAUGUGUAAUCUAAACAGCAAGUUCUACGUUUUUAAGCUUUUAACUUCCUUAGGGUUUCUUUACAUAAGAUUUCCUGAUGCUUGAUUCAAAAGUGCCUGACUAGACUAUCAUGAUUAAAUCAUAAAUGAUAGCUGAAAAACUGUUGUAAUCUCAGAGUUAAAUUAGAAGAGCUCAGUUUUAUUUCAGUUAGUGCAACUCCACAUCCUUUACUAAAGAAAGGACUGGGUGCCAGUAGUACCCUGUCAUUUCACUAGAGAGCUUUGUAUUUGUAUGGCACAUCAAGAGAUGACGGCUACAGCUACGGUGCUUUAGGUAAAAGGGUUAUCCUAACAGUUUGAGUGGAGAAAUACAAUGUACUGUCAGGUGCCCUCUUCUCUUUAGGAAAGAGUUUACAUUCAUGUAGCCCUUGCAAGGUUGUAUGAAACACAACCCUUGCUAGGCAUUGUGCCCCAAAUACUAUAUAGCUCUAUUCUCCACUGAGUUUGAAGUAGAACAUCUUCCACCUGGCACUUUCAUUGUAGAAUAGGUUUCCUACUUCUUUUUCUUACCAUAUCACUCUUACAUCCUCGGCUGCUGAAAGCAGGAUUUCUUUCUACUGUGAUGCUUAAUCAAAUCAUCAAAUCCUUAUGCUGAUUUUCCUUGUGGUUUUUUGUUUUAUACCUUAUUAGAGCACAUGAGACAAAUCAUUGUGCAGUUUUUACUUAUAUUCUGAAGGAAAAGAGGCAACCGUUCAUUUUUAAUAGUUCUUUUUAACAGGACAGCAUUUGUCACUGCAGUUCCACAUUUGUAUGUAUGAUGAGUAUUUUCAAUCUCUCUUGUUUAGAAUCUUGUGUAAUAUUUGAUAUCUGUAAUAUCAAGAUGUUAGUUUUAUAUGUCUGGAUAUUCAAAUAAUAGAAUGUGUCUAUUUUUAUCCUACUGCCUUCAUUUAACAAAUUGCCACAAACAACACUUAGUUCGAGGCCUGUACUAGGAUCUCAGUUUAUUCCAUUUUUUGUAAAUGUUAACUUACCACUUUUUGGCAUUCUGUAUUUUUUUCAUAGUGAGUACUGGGCUGUAGAAAUGCUACAACACAUACUUUUGUGUUACCAUUACAUGCCAUGAAACAUUUAUGCUUGGAAUUAGGCAAAAUUCAAGUAUUGUACAAUGUAAAUAAGAUUAAUGAAGCUAUGGCAUUGUAUUUAUUGCUUAUAGAGUAAGACUGAAACGAAAAAUGUGAACUUAUUUUGUUUUUGCUUCAUUUUCACUCUUAAUAUGAAACAUUACUCAUUUAAUUGUUGAAAAAACAAUAUUAAUUUUCUGAUCAAUAAAAUCGUAUGCUUACCA